CACGGUCGAGUUGCCUUCUUAUUCGUUGCUCCCCCGGGUUUUCAGAAGGCGUUAGAUUGCUUGUGCAGCAGACGACACUGUGGAAAUCGUGCAGCCAUGUCUAGACUCACCAUGGAGAACCUGGAGCAACUGGACGGUGCUAAGCAACCGUCACGGCGCAUGUCUAUAAUGCCUCGUGAUGGAGAAGGCAUGACCUCGGGACCGUCGAUCAGAAGGAUGUCGCGAAUGAUCGAACCUCGACAGAGCGUUCAAUAUGGCAGACGUAUGUCCCAUGUGUCAAGAAGUAGCAUAUCCGGGGCGUCUUUCGGCGCCAAACACAUGUUUGCUGCAGUGAAGAUACAAAACACAUUCAGACUCGGUCCGGAUAAAGACGACAAAUUCAACGCUUCGCGGGCAGAGCAGACGAUGAAACGCGUGCUCGAGUCGUACUUGGAUGGUGAACAGUAUGACAACAACCUAUGUAACAACCUGACCAGAGACUUGUCUGAAGUUAUCAAAGCACGCAUCAAGGAUCUUGGCUUCAGUCACAGGUACAAAUUUGUGUGUGUGGUUACCAUGGGCGAGAACAGGAACCAGGGACUUGCCCUCAGCAGCCGUAGUGUGUGGAACACAGACACGGACAAUUAUGCAUCUGCCACGUAUUCUAAGGGCAACUUGUUCGCCGUGGCCCAGAUAUAUGCAACAUAUUUUGAAUAAUGUAGAAUAUUUCAUAUAUCAUGUAAUUUGAAUCCCGACCGGCUUAUGUCCAACUUGUGGAAAUCCAUGCAUCUGAACGUGGGGACCACGUCGCCGCCAUUUCUCCUCACAUCGGGAUAACAGAGACGGUUCCGAAGCAGCUGGAGUGUGAAUCAUUGCUAUUUUUUGACCGAUAAGGAUAUUACAAUUUGUGAGAAUGGAUAAUGAAAUAAUUCGUCUCAUCUUACCCAUUGUUUCUAAGGGGUGGUCGGGUAGCCUAGUGGUUAAAGCGUUCGCUCGUCACGCCGAAGUCCCGGGUGCGAUUCCCGAUAUGGGUACAAUAUGUGAAGCCCAUUUCUGGUGACCCCCGCCGUGAUAUUGCUGGAAUAUUGCUAAAAGCGGCGUAAAACCAUACUCACUUACUCAUUGUUUCUAAGGUCUCACCACUACGUCCUUAGUUGUACACGUAACAGGUUUGUGUAUGUCGAUGAUUGUGGGUAUCGUGAUCAGAUCCCUGUUAUGUGGAACGAACUCCAGUUAUUACAGAUGACAUAGGUCACGGUCACAACGUAUUUACGUAACCCGACGUGACGUAUGCAAGCACCUAUCCAUGUAGGUAGGCCUAGCGCCAUUUAGCAACGACAAACUGUGAUAUAUAGCGACUGCUUGUGUUUAUUGUCAUAUAGCUGAACACUCAGUGUUGUCCAAAGUCAUGUUGAUCCUCCAUAGUGUAUUACUCCCUCGCGUUUAUCAAGUUAAGGUCUAUACAAUGAACAACCCAAUGUUGACCAACGCAUGGAUUCGUGCAAGACUGUCGUUCACGUUCCUCGAUUCAAAAACAUUCUAUAAUGUUAACAGUAUUGAACAAGAUGUGUGGGAAUAUGACUGGAUUUCAAAUUGUCUUGUUAUAUGAUAAUUCUAUUCCGUCCGCAAAACUUUGAUUUUUUACGGCAAUUGUUUUAGCCAAGUAUUUUACAGGUAUAUGUAUGCCUUUUUAAAAUGUAUUUUAUGUGUUAUGAUGAAACUCUUUCAUGUUGAAUAUUUUUGUGAAUAUGUCUUUGUUAUCAUGACUUUAUAUAAAACAGUUUACAAGUACUUCACAUAUUUUCAUUGUAAAACUGUGGAUUCAAAUUGAAUGUUUGUGAAUGUCGACAGAUAUUAUAUAUACAAGAGCAAACGUAUUAAAUACUUCAUAUACACUA